AUGUCCUUUAGACUGCCUUCUUUUACGGAAUUGACAGCUACCUUCAAUUCUUCGUUACAACUUCCAGGCGAUGCUUGUAUUGGUCCAAACAGUGCGAAUUCACGAUCAUUUAAAGCGUCAAUACCACAGCGAACACACUCUGCUGCUCCAAUGGUUGCAGCUUCAACACCGUUUACUGGCCACCAUUUGCAUCAGGCAAAUCAACAGUACCAUGGGCCUCAUCAGUAUCACACUCAUCUGCCUCCGAAUGGGUUUCAGAGAGGGAAUCGUGGAUCUGCUUAUAGAUUCCCACCUUCACCAACACGUCCACGCUCACAAAUGUACCAACAUCAACAGCUUAAUGGGUUUGGUUUACCUGAACAUGUAUCUCCAGCUCAGGGACCAAUUCCUGUUGGUGCUCAGUCGGACAGUCGUUAUAACCAACCAAACUAUGUGAUUACAGGAUCAAACAGUGGUGGCUAUAAUCACCAGCAGUUCGAAAUGCAACCAAUGAUACCGCAGCAGCAGCAACAACAAAAGCAGCAGCAGAUAAAGCACCGUAAGGCAGAUUCUUAUGAUAAUGAGAAUUCAUUAUCUGCUCUUGCAGACGUUGCCUCCAAUGCCUCCGUUGACUUACAAGGACUGGUUAAUAAGUUAGAAAAGGUAUUUGGAUUCAGUGCUAAGCUCAACUCGAUUUUUGAGAAGAUACUUCAGGACUUUAAAACUUCUGUUCACUCACCACUUGGUGACCUUGGGUCUCCCACUGAAAUGUUACACCUUAUAGGGAGGUUCCAUAAUCAAACUGGGGAUGAGACUGUACAAGUAAGUGCCGAUGUGAUUAAUGACUUGGUGCAGAAUACGCCACUUGAUAUAUUGAAGGAGGCAGCUCAUAUAACAGCUGAAAUCAAGUUCUUUUUCGACCAGUGGAUAUUGUACAAUGAACAGUCGUCACACAAGAGAGAACCGUCUGCGUCUGGACAAGGUGAUCGGACCAAUGUUCUGGAUAAAUCACCAAUGAGCUCUGUGAAACCACAAGUCAAAGGUCCCACACCAUUACAAGAACAUGUGCGUUCAAAGAGGGCUCGUGAAGAGGGUGAUAAGCUGAAUCCAGUCACUAAAAGACACCGAAGCUUCAGCGCAGAACGUGGUAAAGGAGGUCAGAGCAUUGCUCUUGUUGUCAAGCCACCUACACCCGUAACUCUACCACAGUCAUCACAGCCGAAGAACAAUUUGAACCAGGAGCUCAGCAUCAGGACACAUCAUGUCUGUAAACAGUGUGGAUCAGAUGAUACCCCAGAGUGGAGACGUGGUCCAUAUGGUGUGCGGUCCUUGUGCAAUGCUUGUGGUUUGUUCUUCUCCAAGCUCACGAGAAAGUUCGGCACCAAGGAAGCCACUUCAAUCAUGAUGCAAAGACGUGACAUUGGUGAAGGUGACAAUAGACGACUUCCCCUAUGA